GGCUUUCUUCAAUCCCCACCAUGCAUAAAUUAAUUCAGACUUCAGAGUAUUCUUAAAAGACUUGAUUCGAGGCCGGGGUAAAAUGGGGAAAGAGCAUGGUGAUGAUGAUCAAGGCUAUGGCGGCAGCUAUAACUAUUACUGCGCGGCUCUGAGGAGCUCCGUCAAGAAACUGCACUUUGGGAGGUGGGAAGAGAAAGAGGAAGCGGCGGCAGAGAUUAAGAGGCUGCUGGCCGCCGGAGAUGACCUGUGGCGGCGGCAGAGAUUCAUGGCGGAGCUGGGCGUUAUUCCGCCGCUGGUGGAUAUGGCUGGCUGUGAACUGGUGGCCCGCCGGAGGUUGGCCGUUCAAGCCUUAAUCCACCUUGCUCAUGCCUCUCCCACGAACAAGGCUCUAAUGGUUGAAUCAAGAAUUUUAUCAAAACUGUCCCAAAAUACAGACAUUGCAGGAGACCGAAAACCAAUUCAAGAAUCUUUACAACUUCUUCUAUCUGUAUCACACAUAGCCAGCUUCCAAUCUCCAAUCAUAAAAUCAUCAAGAAUCAUACCAUUCAUUAUCAACAUUCUUUAUUCAUGCAAUAAUAAUAAUAAUAAUAAUAAUAAUAAUAAUAAUAAUAAUAAUUUUAUCAAUAAUAAUAAAAUCAUAAAUUUAUGCUUAUGCACAUUGUACAAUCUGUCUCUAGUUCUUGAAAAUUUAGAAAUUUUAGUUUCAAGUGGAGUGAUCAAUGUAGUGUUAAGGCUACUCUCAUCAGAAGAAUCAUUAGAGAAGGCCCUAGCAAUAUUAGGAAACAUGGUUGUUACCCAAAAAGGAAAGAGGGCUCUUGAAGAACAUCCAAUGGUGCCCGAAUGCUUCAUUGAGACCGCGACCGCGGAUGAUGGUGGCCCGAAAUGCCAGGAGUUGUCGGUGUACAUCCUGAUGGUCUUAGCCCAUCGGAGCCCGGUGCAGAGAGAGAGGAUGGCGAAAGGUGGAGUUGUUCCGGUUCUUGUUGAAGUAGCCUUGUUGGGAAGUGCUUUGGCUGGGAAAAGGGCAUUGAAAUUGUUGGAGUGGUUCAAGGAUGAAAACAAGAGAAACAUGGGAACCCACUCUGGGCCUCAGAUAAGGAGCGGGUCGAACAAGUCGCCGUUUCGUAGAAUGAAAUGUGACGAGGGAAAGAGAUUGAUGAAGAAUUUUGUGAAACAGAGCUUGUAUAGGAACAUGGAAACAAUCACUCACCGAGCCAAUGGCUCACCUCGAGAGUCUUCCAUGGUUAAGGCAUUGGUCAUUACUUCAAGCUCUAAGAACUUGCCUUACUAGCUGGAAACUUUUUACUGUAAUUCUGAGAUUGACAGUACAAAAGACAAUCGUCUGUAUCUAUACUUUCAAACUUGGGAUAUUUGUAGUGUGACUCUACUAGCCAACUUUAUUCCCCUCAAACCUCUUUUAUUAUUUAAUUUCCAUGAGUAACAUUGACUAUAAAUGAAUAUCAUUACACGUA